UUUUCAUUAUUUGGUUGUAAAGAAGCCGAUUAGAUUUUUUAUGUGUGUUUUUAAUACGGGUUAUUUUAACGCAAAUUUAUCGGUUAAAAUUGUACAAUUAUUUGAUAAAAUCAGUAACAAAGUGAAAAAUAAAUAAACCACAACAAAAUAUGAUUAAAAUUCGCUGGAAUAUGCAAUGUUAAAGUGUUGUAAAAUUUCAGAUAAAUUUUGAAGCUGACACAAGUGAUUACUCUUACGUUUCGUUUUUAUACACCAAUAGCAGGCAGCAUUUUUUCAUUUUUCGUUUCGCUUGUACAUUUAUAUUCCACCUCAUUCCGUAGAGGCGGACGAGAAGAAAAAUAAAAUCUGUAAAAACGAACUUUAUAAUUUUAAUGAAUAUAUACCGAAAAAUUGUGCAAAAGUUAUUGAAAAAAAUUUAAAACUAUACUGAAAAAGGAGCUUUGUUUGUUUAUUGCCUAGAAAGAAAAAACAAACAAAAAAAUACAAGACGGCUUUAGGUGGGCCGCAUACGAUAUAUUAUUACACUCGUGGAGUUCCCACUGUGCGUGCUGUACUUCUAAAAAAUUUACCAGCACACACAUUUGACAAGGGUUUGUUUUUCGCUUGUAUAAGACCCUUCAGAGAGUUUUGUUUCUUUGGUCUUGGAACAUAAAAAUUGCAAAUUAAUAAGGAAUUUAUACAAUAAAAAUAUAAAUUCGACCUAAAGUUAAUGUCUAUAUAUCCCCUAUUGCCGAUUUGCGUACUUGUGGAUAACUUAAUAUUAAAAUGGAGGAGAUAUCAAGUUUAGAUUCAUUUCAAACGGACGAAGCAAAUUCAUCUGCUCGACCAGAGUCUGAAAAUACGCAACAUUCUUAUAAAGAUGUAGAAGAAAAUACAGGUCAUGGCGCUGGUGGUGGUGGCGGCGGUGGCGAAAGUGCUACCAAAGAUAGUAAUGCACCUGACGACGAAGGUGGGGCCAAUGAAGACGAUUUCGAACAAAUCUCAGAAGGGACCUUUGAAGUAGAUGAAAAUUCUCGUGCCACUUCAGCAGGUCCACCGCCGGAUGAAAAUGCAGAGGGCGGAGGUAAAGGAGACGAAGAUGAAGGAGGAGAAUCAAGAGAUUUCGAAGAAGUUGAUGCAAAUGUAUCGGGAAAUAAUCCCAAUGUUGAAGAAUCAGAUAUGUUGGGAGAGGCUGACAACACUCUGCCACAGUCUAAUGAUGACGAUGACAAUGCCAUGGAUGUGGAUCAGCGGGCCAACAAUGAUAAUCAGGAUGAUAAAGAAGGUGGUAAUCAGAGUGAUGAUGACUCAAACAAUAAAUCUUAUGAACGUAACGAUAAUGAGCAACAGGAUGAGUCUAUGGAACCUCUGCAGCAAGAAGCUGACGACGACGAAAGAGAGGAAGGAGCAGAUCAACAAGAGAAUUCUAAUGAAAACAAGGAUGAUGAGGAUAAUGAAGAAGGAGAGGAAGGUGAUAAAAAUGAUGAUGACGAAAAUAAAGAUAAAGAUGAUGGCAAAAAAGACAAUAAUGAAAAUGCCGAUGGAGAAGACGAUGAACCUGUUGAAAAUGUACAAGAACCAGAAGAAUCUGAUGUUUGCUUAAUACCUGACGACACGGAAUCAACAGUUACAGACGCCGAAAAGGAACAAGCUAUAUUAGCCCGUGAAAAUGCCGAAAAAAGAAGCGACGAGAAAGAAAAUAAUUCCAACGAUAAAAAUAAAGAUGAUGAUGGCGAUAAAGAAACAAGUGAAGAACAAACUGAAGCUGGCUCAUAUUCUCACGAAGCGCGUGCUCAAGCUAAUAAAGCAGCUGGAGCCGAAGCUCAAGUCAAUGAAAAUCAAUCAAAUGAAGAAGAGAAUAAUUCUAACGAGAAUCCCGAUGGCGAGGAACCGCUCUUGGAAGAACUUCACUCAAGUACAAAUGAAGCCAGUAGUGGAACGAAAACAAUUAUUUCCUGGAUUGUAACAACCACGCAAAAGUGUGUGCAAUGUAAUGAAGAAAAAGUCUGUGGUUUUCGUUUCAAAAAUCCCGAUACAUCAGAAUUUGAGCAUUUGUGUGAUCAUACCUGUUCCACACUAUUUAUGGAAGCAAAUGCUGGUAAAUAUUUUAUACGUCGCAAAAAGUUCUUGAUUGAAGAACUACCGGCCAGCGAAGACAGCGAGGAAAAUAAACAUUCUUGUUUACAAUGUAAAGAGGAAAAAACGUGUAAAUAUUUCUUUAAACAAGACGAUGACACUUUUUACAUGUGUAACGAUGAUUGUUUCAAUCUACUAAAUGCCGAAGAGCCAGAGAAAUUCAAACUUAAGAGACACUCGAUUAGAGUACGCAAUAUCGGUGCUACUACCAUUUCCAAUGAUAAUGGCAAAAAAUCAGGCGAACCUGAGUCGAGAGUAGUUGCUCGUACAUCGGCUGAAGCUGAAGCGGCUCGUCUAGAAAGAGCAGCUAGUUUUGUGCGCCGUUGUGCUGAUUGUUUUUCGGAAAUAACAUUGGGCGACAAGAAUCUUAUAUGGGAAACUAUGGAUUUUUGUAAUGAAAUUUGUUUGGGAAAAUAUCAGCGUACAAUUGGUGCCAAUUGUCAGACGUGCCAUGGAGAUGUUCCACACCCAGCAUUGGGCAAAUAUUGUGUGCGUUUUGGCUUUGAUGUACGUCAAUUCUGUUGUGCAGCUUGUUUGAAUGAAUUCAAAAAGGGCUUAAAAACAUGUUCCUGUUGUCAGAAAGAUAUUUCAUCCGGCAAUGAGGGUUUCUUGGCCCCAGUAGGCGAUAAAGAACAGUUUAAGGAUUUCUGUUCUCAGUCCUGUAUGCGACGCUAUGACAAUAUUGCCAAUCCCAAGAAGAACAUGCGCAGCGAUGUAUGCGCCGUGUGCAAUAAUGAUAAAACAGUACGCGUUGAAAUUAUUCUAGAUGACAAAGAACACAAUUUCUGUUCAAAUCCCUGCUUUUCGGCUUUUAAAUUUGUCAGCAAUAUUGUGGCCGAUCAAUGUGGCAUGUGUUGCAAAUAUUUUGAGCGUAAAUCUACCGAAUCCUUUACCAUUUACUCGGAAAAACGUGCAAAGGUAUUUUGUACACGUGUAUGCCUUAACAUUUACAUAGUGCUCAAUCGUCGCAUUGUCUCCUGUCAAUGGUGUAAAGUGAAAAAAUAUAAUUUUGACAUGAUUCUCAAACAGCAAGAUAGCCAGGAAGUACAGAUGUGCUCCCUUAACUGUCUCACCUUGUAUGGCGUUUCGAUUAAUGCUUUUUCGCGCACUGUUACUAAAUGCGAUAAUUGCACAAAUAUGGCUACACCGCAGUACCAUUUGACCAUGUCCGAUGCUUCUAUGCGUAAUUUUUGUACAUAUCAAUGUGUUAUGCAGUUUCAAAGUCAGUUUGCUAGAACUCCGCUCACCUUGGAGGCUGACAGUAAUUCUAAGUCAUCGAAUAUAUCGACUUCAAGCCACCAGUCAAGCGGUAAAUCUGGUAAGGGUGCAGCACCAUUCCCAACGGGAUUGCCGAAACGUGUAAAACUGAAGGGUGGAUCUCAACAAUCACCAUUGCAUAUGAAAUUAUCUACUAAAGGCUCAGCUUCCAAACAAAAACAGCCUACUAUGCCAGUAAUAUCAACAGUCUCAUCAUUGGCCAGUGGAGAAACUGAAACAAUGAUUGGUAAUGUUACCGUUAGACGAACCCGUAUACGCGGACGCAAAGCAGAAUCUCCACCACCUCCUGCGUCGUCGUCUUCAUCAUCCGUUACAAAUAAUAGUCAACUGAUGAGAGGACGAUCACGUAAAAGUGCCAUUAUAGAGCGCUCACUAACCCCCUCACCGCCUAGAACUAAUAAUAAACGUAGCGGUAGUAGUAACAAUAGCAGUGCUAUGGACAAAAUUGUUGAAAAGGUUACCGUACAAACGGAGACUAAGAUUGUUGCUGUACCGCCAUAUCCACCUGCUGUUAGAAAUGUAAUGACUAGUUGUAAGCCUCGUACAACUACAGUGGGUAUACAAUCUGAACCCGAAACGGCAAACGUGGGUACACAAACGGACAAGGAUUACUCGAACAAGGUAUUGAUACCUGUACCUGUGCCCAUUUAUCUGCCACAGCCUAUGUACAUGUAUUCAGCACCCUUCCCAGUGCCAGUUCCUAUUCCACUUCCAAUUCCCGUACCCAUCUUUAUACCCACCACCCGUAACUCGGCUCAGGGUAUUAUGAAAGAAAUCAAGAAGAUUCAAGACAAAAUGCCAGCUGAUCCAUUUGAGGCUGAACUUUUGAUGAUGGCCGAAAUGGUAGCGGAAGAGAAACGAGAAUCUGACUCCGAUUCGGAAGAUGAAGUUAAACCAGAUCCAGCAGUUGUAUCACUGCAAUACAAUAACAGUGUACAGCAGGUGGAUGUGACCAACAACGCUUACGGUGAAGAUGUCUUACAAAUGGCUCUUAAAAUGGCAACUGGAGAUUAUGAUCAGCCAACAAGUACGAUUGAUUUGGAGUCGGCUGUAACAGCUAAUACAAUCACUAAUCCUCCGCCUGGCAUGGUGCAACAUGAUGAUUCUAUGAGUCACAUGAGCGGUCAUCAUAUGCAACAGCAACAUCACAUGAUGGAUGCUCAAAGAGGUGCUCGUGGCCGCAAACGUGGCGCAUCUGUAGUUUCUUUAGUCUCUCCGCGCAACAAUCGCUCACCCGUUAAACGUCAACGCAUUGAAGAAAUGGAACAAACACCACAGGCACAACCGCAACCAAUGCAACCUGUCGAAAAGCCAGAUGCCAAUAUGUGUUUAAAAUAUACAUUUGGUGUUAAUGCCUGGAAACAGUGGGUGAUGACUAAAAAUGCCGACAUUGAAAAGAGUUCGAUGAGAAGACGUCCCUUCAAAACCGAACUACUGCAAAUGACAGCAGAUGAGCUAAAUUAUUCCUUAUGUUUAUUUGUCAAGGAAGUAAGAAAACCCAAUGGCACCGAAUAUGCUCCCGAUACCAUAUACUAUUUAGUAUUGGGAAUUCAACAAUAUCUUUAUGAAAAUGGUCGUAUAGACAACAUAUUUACGGACACUUAUUAUGAACGUUUUACUGACUGUUUAGAUGAGGUAGCACGUAAAUUUUCCGUGCUUUAUAAUGAUUCGCAAUAUAUUGUUACACGUGUGGAAGAGGAACAUCUAUGGGAAUGCAAACAAUUGGGCGCUCAUUCACCGCACGUUUUAUUAAGCACUCUUAUGUUCUUUAAUACAAAACAUUUCAAUUUAACUACCGUCGAAGAACACAUGCAAUUAUCCUUUUCACAUAUUAUGAAACAUUGGAAGCGUACUGGUCAAACAGCUAAAACACCGGGUUCGCGUAAUGUCUUAUUACGCUUUUAUCCACCACAAGCUGGACUUGAUGCCAAUCCCCGCAAAAAGAAGGUUUAUGAACAACAAGAAAACGAAGAGAAUCCCUUACGUUGUCCAGUUCGUUUAUAUGAAUUCUAUUUGUCAAAAUGCCCGGAAAGUGUUAAAACACGCAAUGAUGUCUUCUACUUGCAACCAGAACGUUCAUGUGUACCCGAUUCACCAGUAUGGUACUCCACCCAGGCUCUCAGUCAAGAAGCAUUGCAGAAAAUGUUACAUCGUGUAAAAAUGGUUAAGGAAAUUAAUAUAGCGCUAUUGACAAGUUAAUCAUCUCAAUUUGAAAAAGAUGUUUUAGCAACGAAAAUACAGCACAUUUAAAUAAAAAUCACUAUGAUUUAAUUGCUGCUUAAAGCGUGCAAUUUUAUAGAAAUACUAA